GGAAAUGGUUUUUAUUUUUAUGGAAAAAUAUAUUUUUUCAAAAUAAUAAUUUCCUAGUCUUUAAACUCAAUUUCAAUUUAAAUUGUUCAUUAAUUGUCUUUUUCUCUAUUAAAUUGGUAUUGCGUGUUUUUCGAUUCUCAACUGAUUAUAAAUCAUGUCACACAAUUACGUUGUAACUGCCCAUAAAUCAUCCACAGUGUCAGCAUGUUGCACCGGAAAUUUCACAUCACCCACAGAUCUCAAUUUAAUCAUCGCUAAAACAACUCGAUUUGAGAUUUAUUUGGUUACUCCAGAAGGUCUUAGACCUGUGAAAGAGGUCAAUGUCUAUGGAAGGAUCACCAUUAUGAAGUUAUACCGACCCAAGGGUGAAAAUCAGGACAGGCUUUUUAUCCUUACAUUUCGAAAUCAAAUUUGUAUUCUUGAAUGUGUUAAAGAUGGUGACAAUUUUGAGAUAAUCACCAAAACUCAUGGAGAUGUUGCAGACUCGGUUAAUCGACCUUCUGAAACAGGUUCAAUUGGAAUAAUCGACCCUGAAUGCCGAAUAAUUGGCCUUAGAAUUUACGAUGGACUCUUUAAGAUUAUACCCUUAGAUUUAGAUAAAGGAGAGAUGAAAGCUUUUAAUAUCCGAAUGGAAGACAUCUUAAUUCAAGACAUUCAAUUUCUCCAUGGAUGUUCAGUUCCAACUUUGGCUUAUAUUUCACAAGAAAAUUCGGCUCGUCAUGUGAAAACAUUGGAAGUUUCAGUGAAAGAUAAAGAGUUUAUCAAAGGUCCCUGGAAACAAGACAAUGUUGAAAGUGAAGCAUCCAUUUUAAUUGCAGUGCCUCAGCCUUUUGGCGGUUGUUUGGUUAUCGGUCAAGAAUCAAUAACAUAUUUAAAUGGUGAUGCUUAUGUAGCAAUUGCACCUCCAGCUUUACGUCACAGUACCGUUGUUUGUUAUGGACUAAUUGAUACCAAUGGAUCACGUUAUCUUCUUGGUGACAUGUCUGGAAGAUUGUUUUUACUUUAUCUUGAAAGAGAGGAUCGAUCUGAUGGAGGUGCUAAUGUUAAAAGUUUAAAACUCGAAACAUUGGGAGAAUGUACAAUUCCUGAAUGUCUUACUUACCUUGACAAUGGAGUUGUUUAUGUUGGCUCACGUUUAGGUGAUUCUCAGCUUGUAAAACUAAUUCUUGAGCCAAAUGAACAAGGGUCAUACCUUGAAACAAUGGAAAACUUUACCAAUCUUGGACCAAUUGUCGAUAUGUGCGUUGUUGAUCUAGAAAGACAAGGACAAGGUCAAUUGGUUACAUGUUCCGGUGCUUUUAAAGAAGGCACCUUACGUAUCAUUCGCAAUGGUAUUGGUAUUCAAGAACAUGCUUCAAUUGAUCUACCCGGUAUCAAAGGUAUUUGGCCACUUCGAUUGGGAUCAAUUGAUUCCAAAUUUGAUAAUCUAUUAGUUUUAUCGUUUGUUGGUCAAACUCGAGUUUUAAUGUUAAAUGGUGAAGAAGUUGAAGAAACCGAAAUCUCCGGUUUCGAUAAUAGUCAACAAACAUUUGCCUGUCAAAAUGUUUCUUUCCAUCAAGUGAUCCAAGUUACACCAACCUCCGUACUACUUGUCGACGUUGACACGAAAAAGUUAUUAAAUGAAUGGCGUCCACCCUCCGAUCAAACAAUUUCCGUUGUCUCUUGUAAUCCUACUCAAAUUGUUUGCGCUGCAAGAAAUAAACUCUACUAUUUAAAGAUCAAAGAAGGCUCAUUGGAACAAAUUAGUGAGACCAUAUUAGAACACGAAAUUGCUUGUAUCGAUGUUAGUCCAUUGGCCGAAGAUUCCGAUUCAACUGAAUAUUGUUGUGUCGGCUUAUGGACCGAUAUCUCAAUCCGAAUUUUACAUCUCCCUGAUCUCAAAGAACUACACAAAGAAAUGCUUGGUGGUGAAAUUAUUCCUCGAUCGAUAAUUGCUGUUACCUUUGAGGGAAUUAAAUAUCUUCUCUGUGCUCUUGGUGAUGGUUCACUUUUUUACUUUACUCUUCAAACUCGACCGGAUCAGGAAACUUGUUAUCUUACUGAUCGAAAGAAAGUUACCCUUGGAACUCAACCUACUGUACUUAAAACUUUCCGCUCCAAUGUUACUGUUAACGUAUUCGCCUGUUCAGAUCGUCCAACUGUUAUUUACAGUGCUAAUCAUAAGUUAGUUUUUUCAAAUGUUAAUCUAAAAGAAGUCAAUCAUAUGUGCCCACUUCACUCUCAAGCAUAUCCUGAUAGUUUGGCUCUUGCCAAUGAUAAUAGUCUAAUCAUUGGUACCAUUGAUGAGAUUCAGAAACUUCACAUUCGUACAAUCAGUCUUGGUGAAUCGCCGCGUCGAAUUGCUUACCAGGAGCAAAGUCAAACAUUCGGUGUAAUCACGAUGCGCCACGAUAUUCAAGACAUUGAAGGUUAUGUUCCAGCUCGUCAAAGUGCAAGUACAACAGCUCAAAACACUUCGCAUGCCCCGAACAUGGCUUCAGCCAUCAAACCAGGAAGCAGUUUAGCAAGUAACGCUGGAGACACAUUAGGCCAUGAGAUUGAAGUUUUCUCUCUUUUAAUUAUCGAUCAACACACAUUUGAAGUUCUUCAUGCUUUUCAAUUUACUCCAGCUGAAUGUGCGCUUAGUAUUGUCUCCGCUCGACUUGGAGAUGAUCCUAAUCCAUAUUAUAUUGUUGGUUCUUGUUUCGUUCACCCUGAAGAACCUGAACCCAAAUUGGGAAGGAUAUUUGUCUUCCAAUGGGCUGAUAAUAAGCUUCAAAUUAUCGCUGAGAAAGAAAUUAAAGGAGCACCAUAUUCGCUGUGUGAAUUCAACAAUAAACUAUUGGCCAGUAUUAAUAGUACAGUUCGACUUUUCGACGGAGCACAAAAAGAUUUACACAAUGAGUGUAAUUAUUUCAAUACAAUUCUCGCUCUUUAUCUUAAGGUGAAAGGUGAUUUUAUACUCAUUGGUGAUUUGAUGAGAUCGAUUUGUCUCUUAGCGUAUAAACAAAUGGAAGGAAACUUUGAGGAGAUCGCCAGAGAUUUCGAGCCAAAUUGGAUGACAGCUAUCGAAAUCCUGGACGAUGAUACAUUUUUAGGAGCAGAGAAUAACUUUAAUCUAUUUGUUCGUCAAAAAGACAGUGCUGCUACGAAUGACGAUGAACGAUUACCAUUGCAAAAUGUGGGGCAAGUUCACAUCGGUGAAUAUGUUAACGUUUUUAGACAUGGAUCUCUCGUGAUGCAACAUCCGGGAGAAAAUACCACACCGAUUCAAGGAUCUGUGCUUUUUGGCACCGUUUCGGGAGCGAUUGGUCUGGUUGCUCAAAUUCCUCAAGAUUUCUUUGAUUUCUUAUCGGAAGUACAAGGAAAAUUAGCCAAAAUAAUCAAAUCAGUUGGAAAAAUUGAUCACUCAGCAUGGAGAUCGUUCCAUACCGAUAGAGUAACUGAACUUUCAUAUGGAUUCAUUGAUGGAGAUUUAAUUGAAAGCUUCCUUGAUUUAAGUCGUGAUAAGAUGAGUGAAGUUGCCGUUGGAUUACAUAUUGAUGAUGGCAGUGGAAUGAAAAAAGAAUGCACAGUUGAUGAUUUGGUGAAAAUUGUCGAAGAAUUAACAAGAAUUCAUUAAUUAUUGAUUUUUAUUAAAGCAAAAACAACUAAUUGAAAAACUAAUCAUCCACUAAGACCCAAAAAACACCAAAGGAUUUUCAAAGAAAGUAACCAAACAAGAACAAAAUGAACAGGAAAAGGAAACAUUUGAAUAGCAUUUUCAUUCAACGAUUUCUUGUAAUCUUUUCUCACCUUUGUCCAUUUCAAUCAUAUACAUAAAAACAUCAAAUUAGAGAUGAAAUUGUCUCUUAAAUCAACGCAUCUCAUUUUUCCAUCAUCUUAAUACAAAUGUAAUAAAAAGCAAUUACCACCAAGAGCCAUCGGUAAUUGUUUUCGUUAGUGAAAAUUAUCACAUCCAAUAUUCAAUAAACAUCAAUGGUAAUAAAAAAA